AGGAACCGAUAAUUAAUCCAAAUGCAGAAUUUGAGAGAGAAUAUUUCACAAAUGCUGCAGCGUCUUCUUAUAUUUGGGACUAAUGUAGUGCUAUGUGGGACUCAAUAGCUUCAUGAUUUCAUGGCAAUAUACAAGAAAGUGACCUAAUAAUAUUAUAAUUGAAUUAUUGAAACAAUAAUUAUAAACAAAAAGGAUCAAGAUUUGGGCUUUCUCUCCAGGGCUUCCUAGCCGCUAGAGCCUUUUUCUCCGGCGGCGAUCAAUUCUGAUCGUGGGUUCCGGCCGUUUUUGUUUGAUCUGUGUGUUUCUGUUUUGGCUUACAUCGUAAGGAUUGCGCUCAGUUACUAUCGAACGUUGGUCUGCUACUGUGCUUCCUUUCAUUUUGAUCCCAGGCAAUAGGCAAUCCGAUUGGCUCUCUUUUUUGGGAGGAAGAAUGAGUUUGGGUAGAAAGAGCAUGACAACGAUGACCAGGGGCGGAGGUAGAGGGGUGGCCAACCGGGCCAUGGCCUGCCCCAAAUUUGAAAAUUCUUUUUAUUUUUAGUGUAAAAAUUUAUGUGAAAAAAAAUUAUCUGUAAAAUUCUUUGUACCGGCCCAACCCAACCUUCAAUCCUAGCUACGCCCCUGGCGAUGACCGCUAGCGGUGGACUUGCUAAGAGCACGGGACGAGGAGAGUUGUGCGGUUUUCAAGCAGGUCAGAUGAUUGACAAUGGAGGAUCAAUUAUAAUGGUACCAAGGAUACGGACUCCUCCGGAACCACCGUCAUGGGUUGUACGAGGUGAUAGAAUCCGUGAAAGUUUUCCUAUUAGUUAUUAUGUUUUUGUCAAUUGGAUUCUUGUUAUCGUCUAUGUUGUUAGGUUUGUCAGUUUGUUUGGGAUUUCAGCCCUUUUUAUGUCAUUGAUGAGUAUGUUUAGAUCUAUGAGAAUAGGGAUGGCUGUGUCAAGGCCGCUACAUGGUCAGCGAUUCGCGUUGCUCUUUCAGGGGUGACCGUCUCUAAGUCUGAUCAUAAGGUUCACAGUCGUAGUUGUUGGAAUUUAGUUGGUGUCAGUUUUGCGUUUCCUUUGACUGAUGUAAUGAUUCUGAAAUUUAUGAUAUGAAAGAAGGCUAGUUGUUGAUCAAAA